UUAUUCUGUACAAGAGACUCCUUACCUUCUCCCCCUCCCCGACAUUCCUCGCAGCUUCGGGACCGGGCUUCUCUUACUUUACUUCGUCCCACAUCGCCUAUUUGUCUAUCGCUUCUCUUAUCAGAUCCUCACACUGCCUGACCGCCAACAGAGAUGGCUCCCACAAAACCCAUCUUACAUCCUCUCAAGACCCCCAAGAGUACCACGUUCCCUUCCGAGAUCCAUGAUGGUCCGGCAUCAGCGCGACCGGAUAUCAAACACGAGGACUCGUCAGCCACGCCUAUUUCACCGCCUCUCGCCUACACUGAGUUUCUCAAAGCCUUGACGCCAGUGUUCAACAGUCCCAUGAGUCCUGCAAUGAGCUUUCCGAAGUUUCCCAUCGAAAAGUCACGUACGCCAACUUCACAACCUUCCACGGCCUCAAGCGCUUCAUUUCCAAGUUCGGAUUUCAUCAAGUCUGCGACAAUUUCGCCUCAAUCACCUAUGUCUGCUAAGUCAUUUAGUGGACGAAGACGGUUGAGAAUCUCGACUGCCAAGGUGUGUGGCAAGACCUUCUCACCAACCACACCAGCCACAGAUUCUCCAUUGAGUGCAUUGAGUGCACUGAGUGCUACAUCUAUGUGCUCCCCAUUUUCGCCGUCCGAUUGGAAACUUCACUACUCUGAUGUGUCUCGAAACUCUACUGGUAAGCCCGUCAGUGUUCGACAGGUGGUUACUCGCACAGUGACCUACAAACGGACGCCGUUGGAUCCGCCACCGAGAGGAAAGCGAAGGAAGACCGGUGAAUCGAAAUAGGCGUCUACGCCACUCUUCUCAUGAAUUUAUCUCGAUUGAGCGGCGGGAACAAUCUUUCGUUUAAUAUUUUUGAACUAUGCUUUGGGGAUUUUAUAAUUUACAAGCUCGAUGGACUCAUAUGUUUCUACUACUUUCUUUCCCGAUGCCUCGAAUGCCGCUUUUCAUAUAUCCUAGACUUAUUCGCAUCGAUGCCCUGGUGUCCCAUGUGGGAUUAAAAUUGGGUUUUACAAUGCGCAAUUAGGCUUGACAUGUCAAUAGUAG